GAAAACUAUGGCCAUGACAGAGAUGUCACUAGAUCUUGUCGACGCCGAUAUCGGUCAUGGUCCAUGCUGGUCGUCGCCGAAUCGCGAGGAUUGUCCACGAAUUCUCGAUGACCAAUAGGCACGAUGGCCAAGAUCGACACCGACGUCGUUUCCUCGUUCAGUCUUGGUCAUGGUCUUCGCUGCUUUCUCUCCCUCCAAGCAAAGCGCACCGAACAAAACAGCGCGUCUAUCGGGAAUCUGGCUGGCGCCGGAGCGGCGGACCCAGAAGAUCAUGAGCCCCUUCAGCUUCACGCCCCGCCUCGUCGCCGCGCUGUUCGCUGCCUUGGUGAUCCGCCCGUCGCAGGGGUUCUUUGACGCGGCAGCCUUCGAGGACGACAUGAGCUUCGUGCAGACCUCCGCGGUCGUUUCCACGGGGAACCAGGUGGCAGGCGUGCGCAAGGAGUGUCGGGCGGACCACUCGGUGGACGAGGAGAUAGGGGGGUCCUUCGAUAUCGAUUUGGUCGGCUUCAUGCAGACGUCGGUGCAAGUGACUGCCCGUCCCUCGGACGCGUCGGAAGACGAUGCUAACUUCGACGCGUUCACCCUCUGAGUCCCCCGGGCUGGUGUCUCGAUGGGCCAGGCAAACGCGAUUGGUGGAAAAGUGCACGCCGUGGCGACGCGAAAGUGGACGAACGAGCGAAUGAGCUUCGCUGGUGGGACUGGACACAGAGCGGAGAGUGGUAGUGCAGUGCAGCUUUCCUCUGCAUUCUGGCCCCCUCGACGAUGCUCGUUCGGUGCUGAAGUGCGGGCACGAGCUGCGAAGAGACCUGAGGGGCGAAACAUGUAGCCGAACGUUUCCCAGACUCGAUCCGCAAUAAGUACCCUGGUCUCGAUCGGCAAACUGUGAAACGGGCUCCGCGCAACUUGCGCACCUUCGCUAUGUCUGCUGCGCAGCCGCCGCCAGCGAACAGCUGCCCUUCCAGUAGGUGCACGUGAGAGUUCGGCAGGCUGCAGAUUGACGAUCUCUUGGGGGGAAUUGUUUGGACACGACAACGCACACAUGAGUUUAUCAUCGUCGCGUGCGGCACUCGCCGCGGGGCAAUCACCGUUCGUCUGGGAUACACGGCGCCCCCAGGUCACGUUCACCAAACCCUGUGCCGUCACCCAGA